GACAACGACAACGACGCCGACCGGCAACCAUCACCCGUCCUACCGCUUGCAGUUGUUGCAGUCAGCCACGGCGCUCACCGUAGAGCACGCGACUGUAUUCAAGCUCCGCAGGUGAUUCCCGGCUCCGAUACGCAUACGGAUCGGCCGAUUUUCCCGUUUCGCGCGCGUUACAACAGUGAGUCACAGGUGCCACGAAGCAGACCGGAUGGGUGAACAAUUGGAUUUCUCUCUUUCUCCUGUGCCGCUUGCACUCGCGCACGUAGCGCACAGUCGUUUGUCACCAGAUCGGAAUUAGGAAGAGGAGAUCGGCAUCGAUAGAUGAGAACUGUUCACCCAAGUGAAGGUACUCUUCGAACGAGGGAAAGUGACAUUUAGAGUGAAGAAGCAGAUAUCGUUAAAGUUACGCUAAAAAAAAUUUCUCAAAUCACGAGAAUUAAAAGGAACUACCACAAGACAGCGCAAACGCGAAGUUCGAAGAAUCGUAGAAAGUUUGUAACAUCUAAUUGUAAGAAGAAAAAAAGAAGUGCAGAGUGAUAGCCGAAGACGUUGUUACGUUGGAAGAGGGAAACGUUUACGUGGUCGUAAAAAGGUGACACGGAGGGGGUCUUACAUGCGUCAUCGUCGUGCGGGUACAAAUCGCACGCGACCAUACGCUCCGAAGACAGUACACGUGCGUAACGACGCGCUCGGUCGAUCCUGCGAGGUACCGGGUCUCGAUUCUCUUCCAAGGACGCGCGGUGAUAAAUGCGGUACCGGAGAUGACGACCUCCGUGUUCCCCAAAAUGUCCGUCCGGCUCCUCGUGCUGUGGUUUAUCGCGUGCAAUGGCGUACCCGUGCCGGAAGAGUCUGAUGGGGCCAGCACCACGGUUUUUUCCGUGGAUUCCGAAAUCGAAGGUCACCCGAUGGACGAUAUUUUGCCAGGAACGAAACCAUCGCCACCAAGUCCGGUGACAUUCGUGGAUGUUCCGGAACACAUAGAAACGGAACUCGGGUCCUCUGUGCUCCUCGCAUGCAGAACUGCUAAUCCUGUAGCUGAGUGCCAAUGGUCCUGGCAGUCCUUGCCGCCUGUUCACCUGCCGCUUCCGGAUAACAGUGAUAGCUCUAUUACCACCACCACGGUCUCGGUGAUUCAGACGACAACUACGCCGACUACCAAUCCAUUGCCUGUACGACAAUUUCCUGCCUUCGGGAACAAUAGCAACGACUGUUCCGUAAGAUUCUCGAGUACGAAACAUGAGCAGACCGGAUACUGGACCUGCGCCGCGAGAGCUUCCACGAAUGAUCCUUUCACUAGCUCAGAACCCGCUAAACUGAGCAUCGUCAAUGACCAACAUGGCCCAGCUAUCGUGUUCGCGAAGCUCGACAACGUGGUCGAGAUACCGGCAGGAUCUUCAGCGCAAAUAAUGUGCCAGAUGAAGUCACCCGUCCGUGAGUGUCAAUGGUCCUGGCGGCAAUUAAACCAAUCGCAACCGUGGAAUCUCGAAGUGAAGCGAUUCCCAGCUUUUGGCAACGACAGCACCGAUUGCAGUAUUAAGUUCAAGAAUGUGCUACCGGAGCAGGAAGGAUACUGGACCUGCGGCGCCAGAAUCGACCCAAAUUCUUCUUUCACACAAUCAAAUCCCAUUCGAUUUCUUAUUUCAGAAGUUGAAUUCGUGCAACUAUCUAAAGGAGUCCAAGUAGCAUCCGGCGAGUCGGUUCUCCUCAGGUGUUUGGUGAACAAACCGGUAGUUCAAUGCGAAUGGUCCUGGAGGGCCUCGAACUCGAGUCAAGAGCCUGUACUGUUCAAGAAAUUCAAUCCGAAUAAGGACGCUGACCAUGAUUGUUCAAUGAGGUUCAAGAACAUCCUGUAUGAGGAGGAAGGCCUCUGGACGUGCGGCGUUCGACUGUCUCCGGAUGGAAUGCUACACGAAGCGCCCCCCGCGACUGUUAGCCUUCUACCUACAGCCAAAGUUAACUUCGUUGAAAUGCCGAUGGACACUUCAGUGCCGAUUGGUACGGAGACCACGUUGAAGUGCGUAACUAGUAGCCGCGUGGAGAAGUGUACGUGGUCCUGGAAACCGCAAGAGACCGAGUCGGAGAUGAUCUUUCAGGAAUUUCCAAGUAACGGCGACCUUGGAAGAGAUUGUUCGCUCAUGUUGCCGCAUGUGGACGCCGAGAAACAGGGCCAGUGGACCUGUCAGGUGUCGAUCAGCUCCCUGAAUACUGUGCUCACCUCGCCGCCUAUCAAGCUCACCACAUUCGAGCAAGACGAAGUCAAGUUCUCGGAGUUGUCGAAAGAUAUCCAAAUAUCAGCUGGCGGAAGCGUGUUCCUUCAUUGCGUGACCUCCUCGGCCGUGGAACAGUGUCGAUGGUCCUUGACGCCGGUAAACUCGAAUACGACGGUGGUGGUGAAGCAAUUUCCGGCGGCCGGAAGCGAGGCCAGGGACUGCAGCGUCAGGCUGACGCACGCGCUCGCGGAACAGGAAGGCCUGUGGACCUGCGGCGCCAGGAUACGCGGCAGGGAAAAUUAUACAGAUGCGCCACCGGCGAAACUGAGCCUUCUGGAACCAGACCCAGUCAUUGUGGCAGUAUGGGCUUCGCCCCAUCAAAUGGUCACACUAUCAUGCAAAGUAGAGACUGUAGUAUCAAAAGUGCAGUGUCACUGGAUCCAUGCACCGAAGAUCCAUAUUUAUCAAAAUAUGACUAGAACGAAAAGACCUUUUGUUGGUUUCGUUAGGCACAAUUUACAGAUGGAUUACAGUACAGGGAUAUGUUCUUUGGAAUUUAAACCCGAUCAUUCGGAUCUAGGACCAUGGAUGUGUAAAUUCACAGUUCCUGGUGAUCACGCGGAAGUAGAGCUGGGAAGCGCGUCCGUAGUUCUAUUGAAUACUGUAGCUGAUGAGAAGUUGGGAUGGAUAGUGGGUGCUCUAACGGCCUUGAUUUUGUUUCUGAUGAUUAUUAUAGUCGUUUUAGUAGUAUGUAAAACACGUUUCUUCGUAAAAAAAUCAUCGCGUAUUUUAGAAACAAUUCCUUCGGAGAAGAAAAACACUUUAAAAUUAAGUAACGAGCGGUAUACUAGAAAUCCAUCGAAAUUGGAUUUACAAAAUCCUGAACAAGACAAUCAGAAUGUGGCAAGUAUUGAUAGCGUUCUUCCCCACAGAAGCCCACAUUUAUACGACCGCGUCGGUAAAAACCGAAAGUCAUCCAAAGAUUAUGAAAACAUUCGAGUAUAACUUUUAAGCUUAAAUCUAUAUAACACGAUUAAAAAUAAUUACUGUAAUAAAAUAAACUUCAAAAAACAUG